AUGCAAAAAAAGAAAAAGCAAUUAAAAGAUAGUAGUGAGAGUAGUGAUAGUAGUGAUGAUGACAUUUCCAAUGUUUCCGAUUCAAACGUUAAGAGAAAUCUAACAAAGAAUCCCAUCCCUAAUGUUAACGGUGGAAAUCCUCUCGUUCCUCUCGUUCAGUCUAGAAAUGAGGUCUCCCAAAAAAUUGUAAUUGUGGAAGAUUGGGUUCAAGAAGUGAAUCCAAAUGAUGGCGUAAAUCAUGUGCUUGAUAGAAUGAAGGAUAGACAUCGAAUUGAAGCGAGAGCAAUGCAUAUGCCUCCACCACAACAAUAUCAUUUACAUGGUUAUCCAGAUGAUGAUAGAUAUGAUCGUAAUGGAAGAUAUGAAAGAGACUAUCCUGAUCACGAUUAUCGUGAGAGAGAUAGGUAUCCAAGAGAUGAUUAUAGAUAUCCGAGAGAUGAUUAUAGGGAUCCAAGAGAUGAUUAUAGGGAUCCAAGAGAUGAUUAUAGGGAUCCAAGAGAUGAUUAUAGGCGUCCAAGAGAUGGUUCUCAUACUUCUUCCAUUUCUUCAAAAUCUAGUUCACAUAGUGAUCGGGUUAGUUAUGAGCCAAUACGUAGAGAACCAAUGAAUAGACAAUUUCUAUCUCCAAAUGCUAAUUUAACUGCUCGUACAUCAGUCCUUUCUACGGACAGUGAUAUAAUUCCUUUAGGUAGAAAAUAUGGUUUAAAUAUACCAAGCGCAAUCAAUGAAACUGCUAGCGAUUCACAAUCAAUAUAUUCAAAUCCGGAAAGUAUUGCAAGUAAUCGUAUUCAUUCUAGAGCAAUAGAUUCAAGACGAAAAAAAAAAGUAUCAAACGCAAUUAAUGAAACUGCUAGCGAUUCACAAUCGUUAUCAUCAAACCAGGAAAGUGUUACCAGUAAUAGUACUCAUUCCAGAGUUAGCUCUCGUUCCAGAGUUAGCUCUCAUUCUAAAGUUAGCUCUCAUUCCAGAGUUAGCUCUCAUUCCGAUGUUAGUACUCAUUCCAGAGUAACUGAUUCAAGGCGAAAAAAAAAAGUACCAAACAUAAUUAAUGAAACUGCUAGUGAUUCACAAUCAAUAUCAUCAAAUCAAGAAAGUAUUACGAGUAAUAGUGCUUAUUCCAGGGUUAAUGCUCAUUCCAAAGUAACAAAUUCAAGAUGGAAAAAUACCGCUCUUAAACUCCCCUUGAGGGCUCCCGAAGAUUUAUCUUCUGAUGAUGAUGAAAGACGAAUAUCUACUAUGUAUGAUAGUGAUGAUGUACCAAUACAAAUGCAAAUGACAAGAGCAGUAAGAAAUCAGGCACGUUUCGGACAAAAUCCUCCUAACAUGCGUUAUGAUUCACAUCAAAAUAGUUACUCUCGGAAUGAUCCAGGUUACGAUUUGCGUCCAGGACCAAUACCAAGACAUGGUCUAAAUGGAUAUCGCGAUCAUGAGGAUUCAAAUGGUCGAUAUUUACAUGAUGAUUUACCACCACCUCCACCACGACAUUACGCAUCUCAAUAUCGUGAUGAUCGAUAUCCAUCAUAUAACCCUAAACAUAUUCCGUAUGAUAUGCCUCGUUCAAAAUAUGGUUAUCCACCACCUCCAGACCCUGCAUUAAACCCCAAUAAAAAAAUACCAUUAAUCGAAAUGGCUGGUUAUCGUUAUGAUCAAAACAAACGCACUGCGAACCAAUUAAAUCAACCAUUUCUAGCAAAAGAUUCUCAUCCUACGCAAUUUUCACCUCCUACGCAAUUUUCACCAGAAGGUCCAUAUAGAGGUGGCUACAUUCCAAGAGAUCGUGGAUAUUUAUCGCCGGAACGAGAAUAUCCACCACCUAAGGAAAGAGAUGAAUAUAAUGCAUCGGAUCGAGGUUACGCUCCUCCACGAUUCUAUGAUCGUGGUGAUAGGCGUGAAUAUGAUCAUGAACGCGAUGGAUAUGGUGGUGAUAGGUAUAUUGAUAGGUAUAUUGAUAGGUAUAAUGAUAGGUAUAAUGAUAGGUAUAAUGAUAGGCUUAGUGAUAGGUAUUAG